AGCACAGUGCAAUCUUCCAGCGAAUAAAUCAAACGUAGCGAUGCCGCACCAGACGCGUCCUGCACUUCCUCUCCAGUUCUGCGCUUGCGUUGCGGCAUGGGGAAGGCGGAGAGGAAGAAGGUCAUCAUUGAUACCGACCCUGGAAUCGACGAUGCGAUGGCGAUCUUUGUGGCGUUGAAUUCUCCGGAGAUAGAGGUGAUCGGGCUGACGACAAUUUAUGGGAAUGUCUAUACAGAACUUGCUACCAAAAAUGCUCUGCAUUUGCUGGAAAUUGCAGGAAGGGCUGAUAUUCCAGUUGCUGAGGGAUCUCAUGUCACUAUCUUGAAAGGUACAAAGCUUCGGAUUGCUGAUUUUGUACAUGGUUCGGAUGGGCUAGGAAACCAGAACUUUCCACCGCCAAAAGGAAAGGCCAUUGAUGAAUCAGCUGCAACUUUUAUCGUAGAAAAAGCUAAGCAAUUUGCUGGAGAAGUUACUGUUGUUGCCCUUGGCCCACUUACCAAUAUUGCACUGGCCAUGGAACUCGACCCAGAAUUUUCUAAAACGAUAGGGCAAAUCAUCAUCCUUGGUGGUGCCUUUUCUGUGAAUGGGAAUGUUAAUCCAGCAGCUGAGGCUAAUAUAUUUGGUGAUCCUGAUGCUGCUGAUAUUGUGUUCACUAGCGGGGCUGAUAUUCUUACUGUGGGAUUAAACGUGACACAUCAAGUUAUUUUUACAGAUGCAGAUUUUGAGAAGCUCACACAAUCAAAGGGCAAACUUGCUCAAUAUCUGUCCAAUAUUUUAGGGAUUUACUUUUCGUAUCACCAUGAUGCCUAUGGAACACAAGGAGUUUACCUUCAUGACCCAACAGCUCUUCUUGCUGCAGUGGAUCCAUCAUUGUUGACUUAUACUGAGGGCGUGAUACGAGUCCAGACAAGUGGUAUAACUAGGGGCAUGACUGUACUUGACAAUACCAGAAAAACGUAUGGAGAAGUCACAGAAUGGUCAAAUAAGCCCACAGUGAAGAUUGCUGUAACUGUGGAUGCACCAGCAAUACUCAGGAUUGUCAUGGAAAGGCUUGUGAAUUCAUAGGAACCGAGAAUGUAAACCCUAAAUAAUGUUCACCAAGAAAGCAAAUUUACCGAAUUUGCUGUGAGCUCCUACUGAAUUUGCUUUGCUUCAUUUUAUGUUCUUUCUUUUACUUUCAAGUUAAUUCUUGUCAGGAUCUUUAUAAACAAGGUAAUUUGAAUGACGAUGCAUGAAGUGUGUUGGAACUUUCA